AUGGCCCUUUCUGACUUCUAUUCUUCUACAAAUAAUACUGCUCAUAAGAGGAAGCUGGUUCUCCUCACUAGAGAUUCACAUAGAGAUAUUGCCGAUGCAGCUUCUCAAGCUAAUGAUUUAAUCAAAAAUGUUGGAGUUGGAGCCAUCAUAGGGCCAUCAACAUCAUUACAAGCUAUAUUCAUGGCUGACUUUGGAAACAAAGCUCAGGUUCCUAUCAUUUCUUUCACUGCUACAAGUCCUUCAGUUUCUACUUCUCAAAAUCCGUAUUUCAUUCGGAUGAUGCAAAGUGACUUGUCCCAAAUAAAUGUGAUUGCUGAAUUGGUUAAAACAUUUGAAUGGAGAGAAGUUGUACCCAUAUAUGAAGACACGGAGUAUGGAAAAGGUAUGAUGCCAGAUAUGAUCGAUGCGUUCCAAGCUAUCGAUACCAGAGUUCCUUACAGAAGCUUCAUUUCCACUUCAGCUACUGAUGGACAAAUACUAAGCGCACUGUACAAAUUAAUGUCAAUGCGGACUAGGGUAUUUGUUGUGCACAUGACACCGGCCCUUGGAGUACGUGUUUUUCAAAAGGCCAAAAUGAUUGGGAUGAUGAGUGAAGAGUAUUCAUGGAUCAUUACAGAUGGGUUAGCUAAUUUCUUGGGCUCCUUUAAUUCUUCUGUUAUUGAUUCUAUGCAAGGAGUAUUGGCUGUAAGGUCAUAUAUUCCAAGGUCAACAGAGCUUGAAGAAUUUCGAGCUCGAUGGAAAAAGCAGUUUAAGCAAGACAAUCCAGGAAUUAAAAAAAUUGAACUCAACAUUUUUGGUUUGAGGGCUUACGAUACAAUUUGGGCACUAGCAAGUGUCUUGGAGAAACUUGAUAUAAUGAACUCAACAAGAAGUGUUUCAAAGAUUGGUCCUAAACUUUUGCAGCUAAUUUCUGAGACAAAGUUUCAUCUCUUAAGUGGGGAUGUUAAUCUCAUCGAUAGGGAAAUGCAAUCAAAUACCUACCAAUUACUUAAUGUGAUUGGAAACGGAGGUAGAGAAAUCGGCAUUUGGACAACAUCGAAUGGUAUCGUACGUGACUCAAGCAGUUUAAUUACUACCAGAGCACAUUCUUUAUCAUCACCAAGAGAUAAUUUACGCGUUAUAAUAUGGCCUGGAGAAUCAACCGUUGUUCCAAAAGGUUGGGUAAUUCCAGAAAUGGGAAAAAAAUUAAGGAUUGGAGUCCCAGUUAAACGGGGUUUUACUGAGUUCGUAAAAGUAUCAAGAAAUAGUAGUGUCAGCAAUUCUAGUUAUGUCAUCACCGGAUAUUGCAUAGAUGUGUUCAAAGCUGUAGUGGAAAUGCUACCGUAUCCUGUUUCUUAUGAAUUGGUUCCCUUCGCGAAGGCUGAUGGCACGCAGGCAGGAACUUACGAUGACUUAGUAUAUCAAGUUUAUUCCCAGAACUAUGAUGCCGUAGUUGGAGACAUAACAAUUAGUGGAAAUAGAUCAACCUACGUUGAUUUCACAUUACCUUAUACCCCAUCUGGAUUCUCGAUGAUUGUUCCGCUGAAAGAGGACACGAGCAACAAUGCAUGGAUAUUACUCAAGCCUUUAAAUUUGAAUCUUUGGUUAGCAAUUAUUGUGUUUUUUGUAUUGACCUGGGCGACGACUUGGGCUCUGGAACGUGAAGAAAAUAAUCCAGCGUUUCAAGGGGAAGUAUGGCAUCAACUGGAAACCAUGUUCUGGUUCUUUUUCUCUACACCAGCCUUUGCUAAUGGAGACAAAACGGUGAGAAACGGUAUGGCUAAAGUUGUUGUGAUUGUCUGGGUAUUUUCUUUGCUCAUACUAAGUUCAAGUUACACAGCUAGUUUGACGUCAAUGUUGACAGUUCACCGGCUUGAACCUACUGUUACGGACGUCCAUGAACUAAUCAAAACUCGCCAAAAUGUUGGUUACCUAGAGGGAACAUUUGUACAUACAAUGUUAAAAAGGAUGGGAUUUGAUGAGUAUUAG